AUGCAUUGGAGUAAUAUCAUCCUCACUGUGGCGGCUCUCGCUAACACGGCUGUCGGGCAAAACAUGUUGCGAUUUGCAUGCUCUCAGCUCGUCGUUGAGCGUACAGACCCUCUUGUGAAUCCUGGCAUGAAGUACACUCCACAUCUGCACCAGAUUGUAGGAGGCAACGCCUUCAACAUCACCAUGGAUCCCUCGAUCGACCUCGCAAAAACAUCCACAUGCACAUCCUGCAGCUUCGUACAAGACAAGUCGAACUAUUGGACAGCCGUCAUGUUCUUCAAAGCCAAAAAUGGAACUUAUAUCCGUGUGCCCCAGAUCGGCAACGGCGGACCCCAGGGCAAGCUCAUCAACGACGGCGGUCUAGACGUUUAUUACAUUCCAAGCGGCAAAACUACCGCCUUCAGAAAAGGUUUCCGCAUGCUCGUCGGCUCAGCAACCAACAAAGAUCCCAGCAAAGUCAAACUCUCAAACAUCUGCCACCGCUGCUGGACCUCCCCCUCCGAAGACACCUUUGUCGGCGGCGCCCCCUGCACCGGCUCUGACACCGUCGACAUUCCUAAAGACCCAAAGUGCAAGCUUAUCCGCCAGACCAUCAUCUUCCCCGCCUGCUGGGACGGCAAGAACCUUGAUUCACCAGACCACCAGAGCCACGUUGCGUACGGCCAGGGCAGCGGCGCAAAUGGCGGUGGUGCAUGUCCGUCUAGCCAUCCCGUUAAGCUACCGCAGAUCAUGUACGAGCUCAUGUGGGAUGUGAGUAAGUUUGCAGACAGGAGUUUGUGGCCGACGGAUGGAUCUGAUCCGUUUGUUUAUUCCAUGGGUAUUGGUGGAUCCGCUGCCCACGGCGACUACGUGUUUGGCUGGGACGGGGACUCGCUGCAAAAAGCCAUGGAUAACGGGUGCAAUUUGAACAAUGCUUGUCCUAAGGCGGGGCUAACGACGCAGCAGCCUGCGCAGUAUAAUGCUUGUAAGAAGAAGCAGCAGGCGCCUGAGCAGGUGGAUGGAUGGCUCAAGUCUUUACCGCUUGGAGACAUGCCUAUGAGGGCCUAG